UAUUUACACAACAAUAGUGUUUUUAAAAGCAAUUACAAACGGUUUGGUCUGAAAAGUUUGACUCGUAUGUGUCAUAAUUACCAGUAAACAGUUUCGUGCUUAUUCAAAAAUGUCUUCUAACACUAAGUUUGUAGUUCCAAUUGCUCUGGGCUUGUCGUUGGUUACGGUUACAGCCUUUGUGGUGUACUAUGUGUUCAAAAAAGAUGAGGAAUUAAGAGGUGAUAAUGUGAAGACAGCCAAGGUGAACACCAUUGAAGUUAAAGUGCCCAAAAGUAUUCUCCCUGCUUUAAUAGGCCGCAGUGGAACCAACAUUAAGGAAUUGGAGAAGCGUUCUGGUGCUUUGAUGCACUUCAAGCAGUUCAGUGACAAGGAUUAUGACGUAUGUAUCAUCAGAGGUCGUAAUACAGCGACACAGCUGGCAGAAACUAUGAUACAUGACUUCAUUAAACAACAACCACAAAUUGUAGAAGAUACAAUAGAGGUUCCUGGAUGGGCCUGUGGUAGAAUCAUUGGUACGGGCGGCGAGAACAUAAACGACAUUAGUCACCGUAGUGGAGCACGGGUCAAGAUUGAAACAUCUAGUGACAAAAACACGCAGCGGCAGGUGUCCUUCCGAGGAACCAAGGAACAAAUAGAAAUCGCCAAAGGACUCGUUGAGACCUGCGUGGCCCAGCAGAAGUGCCGACGCGAGAUCGACCAGUCAAAGCGUGGCCCUCGGCUAGCGCAGCCUCCGCCGGCAGAGACAGCCGACCGCGAUGAGUUGCCAGGUGACACCGCACACAAGCAUAUCAAAUAUAAAAAGCCUGAAGCGGGCGGCGCGUCUAUAGAGGUGUACGUAUCAGCGGUGUCGUCGCCGUCUCGGUUUUGGGUGCAGUUCGUCGGGCCCCAGGUGUCCCAGUUGGACGAACUCGUGGCUCACAUGACCGACUACUACGGGAAUAAGGACAACCGUGCCGCACAUGCUAUAUCGUCUGUGAGCGUGGGGCAGGUGGUGGCGGCGGUGUUCAGACAUGACGGCCGCUGGUACCGCGCACGAGUGCACGAUCUGCGGCCCAACGAUUUUGACCCCUCACAAAUGGUGGCUGAUGUGUUCUACGUAGAUUAUGGCGACAGUGAAUACGUAGCGACGCACGAACUGUGUGAAUUACGUGCAGAUCUGUUACGGCUUCGAUUCCAGGCCAUGGAGUGCUUCCUAGCGGGCGUGCAGCCGGCCACCAACGGAGCGACAGGCUCUCCCACUAACGGCUCUCGGUGGCAUCCGCAGGCGGUCGAGCGGUUUGAAGAUCUUACACAGGUAGCAAGAUGGAAACCUCUUGUCUCUCGCACCUGUAUAUACAAGAAGACGGUGACAGCUGAAGGCGAGAAAGAGAAGGAAAUACCUGGUAUCAAAUUAUUUGAUGCCACUGAAGAGGGCGAAGUGGAUAUCGGUGCGACACUGGUGGCAGAAGGCUGGGCGGAUCCAGUCCCUGAAGUGCCGUUCACUCCUCAAGCCUCACAUCCUUCCACGCCAUUCGGAGACCUUGGAAACUCAAGAGUGCUAGGCAUGUUAUCACCCAGCAGUGGGAGAUCUUCAUCAUUACCCAAAGACCACAAGGAUGAUAAAAAAACAACCGAUACACAAUCUACCGACAACAAUGCGAACGAUAACGAACGAAUGCCUACAUCUAUAUCACACGCGUCUGGCCUCGAGAAAUCCGACAAGAUCAAGUCGAUUUCGAACUUCGACCUCACGUAUCCGGACAUCAAACCAAAACCCCACGUUAACGGAUCCCACGAUGAUUUUAUCAACACCGAAAGGUUGAAUGUAGACAAGGAAGGCUCAACAGAAACUCUUACGCCGCCAGUACCAAAUCUAUCCAAAUCACCAUUAGAUGAUUUCAAAGCGAACAUCAAUAGAAUAGAUUCACACCAUGGGAAUUUGGAAGCAUUGGGCCGGACCCAUAAUGAACUACAUAAAUAAAUUAUUGUGUAAAUAAUAUUGCACAUUACCCCCUUACUUCUUGUAAUAAUCCAUCAUGUCUUAUAAUAUAAUCUCAGAACAAUUCACACAGCGCCAUCUAGUCCCAAGGUAAGCCAACUUAUAUUAGGGGUACUGUUAUAACUACAGUUAGACACGAUUUAUUUUGUAAAUACAUACAAAAUAUUCAUAGAAAACACCCAUGCCAAUACAAACUAUUAUAAUCAUGAAUCCAAAUGUAUGUACUGUGCGAAGAAUCGAACCCGCGAAGGUCGGUAAGGCGGUAUAAUAAACCUGUAGACCACUGAUAUCGUCUAACAUUUAAAGUCUCGUAAAACCACAUUUUAAGUAUUGAAAUAUAUUGUCUCUAUCUUAAUUAAUAAAAUCAAAUGACAAAGCCAAAAGAACUAAAUGCAUAUAAUGGGUUUGUUAUACGAGUACGUUUGACAUUUUAAUGAAUAAAGAUUCAAUCUAUAAAAAUGGCGUCCAUUUUUGAAUACUUAAAUUAAGGUUAUGUUUGACGAUAGCUUAAGUAUUUCGUCAACUUAAUUACUUAAUCCUAGUGUAUAAAGGAAAACGUUAAUGUACACAUUUUCGUUGAAUGUUUUAAUUAUAUAAAUUAUUUAAUAAUUGUCUAUAGUAUCAACACGUAUUAUAAAAUAAUAGGAAAGCACGAUCUAAAUGUAGUAUCAUGAAAAUUCAACGCUUUUAAUUUGUAAUCUCGUAGUGUCAUUAUUGUUGUCUAUUGUUUCGUUAUUAGAUAUUAAAAUGGUGCAGAUUAUGUAUAAGGUAACUUAUUUCUUGGCGAUUGUCUACUACUAUGCAAAUUCCAGUAUAUGUCUGUAGCUUAUUACUUUUUAAAAUUUAAGUAUAUUAAAUUAUUGUCACUUGUCAAGAAAGAGAUGGAAAAUCGUCUAAGUA